AUGUUGACAUUUGAUAUAUGUAUACGUAUCUUGGAAACGACUUAUUGGCAUGCGCGACUACCGAGACAAUUGGAAAGUAAAACCUCCUCUUUUCCCGACCCGAACUAUUCAAAAACAUAUUCUCCUUUGUUCGCUAUGUCGUAUUCUGGUAACACCGUUGCUCAAUUGAAGGAGUUGUUGAAGCAAAGAAAUCUAUCUACAGAUGGUUUGAAAGCAGACCUAAUAAACAGACUACAAGAUGAUGACUCCACAAAAAACAGUGCAACCAAUGAACCAUCGUCUAUAGCGGAAGUAGAAGCGACCGCUUCUGCCACCGCUGCCGCUGCCCCUACGAUAACUUCUUCCAUCCCAGAUGCUGUACCUGCAGAUGCAUCAGCUGCGGUUCCUGAAAAUGAAAACGUACCAUCUACCGAAGAAGACAAACUCGAAAAAACUCCUCCUGCUACCCCAGCCCCAAAGAAUCCAGAGCUAUCGCAAGAUCAAUUGAAACAAGCGGCCAUUGACCAUUUACAGAAAAAAAUCUAUCGUGCUGAAAAAUUCGGACAAGAUGAUUCUACCAUCGAUGACUUGCAAAGGCAGAUCAACCGUAUUGAAAAGUUCGGUUUAGAUUUGUCUACCCAAUUGGCUAAGGAGCUAGGAUUCGGUAAGGGUCCCGACGCAGCCGUCGGUAAGCCAGACAGGAAAUCCUUCCAGAAGAAAAAUCGUAAUAAAUCAAACAACAAACGCCGUUAA